UAAGAGGUAUACAAAUGGAUUGCACUCCGCUUCUGCCUGCGAAAUUUACCAUCGGUGGAAAAUGGUAUACGACCGACCAACGCUUGCGCGAAACAACAGCACCACAGCAGCUAACAACCGAUAUCGUAACAAGCUGGACAUAUACGCCACUGCCGAAUCUAAUGGAGAGCGGUGUCUACGACGCCGAAAACCUACAAAAAAUGAAAAAUAUGGUGUACGAACAAGGAGAUAAAAGAAUAGCGGCAUCAGUACUACACAAGAUGAUCAACGGCGAACAUCCGAAUCUGCAAGGAUUUACCUUCGAUGGGCUCGUGUCAGAAAAGGUAAUUCACAACGCCUUCAACAAAUACUGGUCUAAACUAGUCUCUUGGUCAGCUUGGCUCGGAAACAUUACGUCAACAGCUAUCGGUAUCUAUGUAUGUGGAAGAACCAUUAAGUUCAUAAUAGAUACAAUAAUAAAUGGCAGAAUUCUAUUCGAAAUCUACGGAGUAGGAUGGCAAUUGAUUGCAUCCUUUUGGGACUCCUUGACCAAUCUGCUAUCUCAUCGCGGCCAUAGACAGCAAGCAGCCAACGAAGCAAGCACGCAAAACUACGUCAACAUUCCGCUAGAAGAACAACUAAAUGAAGAACCGCACACGAUUGAGGUAAUUCCGUGCCACGGAAAACCGAGGUUUCUGUUCCCAUCGCGUAAAAGCGUCGCGCCUCCAGCAAACAACGAGAUGACGACUCCUACAGCUUCAUAUCUUCAACCGCAGUGCUCUUCGCGUAACAACAACUGCGAACGUCAAUGAUUGCACGCAUUUUAUUAGGUAAAUAACGAAAAGUUAGAUUACACCUUUCAUUCUCAUUUUAUUCAUAGCUAAGACGUUGCGUAUUUUGGUAAAACUUAUAGUUUUACGAGGGCCGGAAUGUUGUGAACGCAACGGUCAAUCGUUCUAAUUCACGUUUUUCAAAUACAUUUCAAACUAUUAUAUGAUCAUUUAAGAGAAUUACAAGCCAUAGAUUAGACUCGACGUCGAUCAAGACGAACGUAGCACAGGCAAUAAGUUCGAGAAGAAAAAUGAAUAAAGAAUGGUACGCCGUUCUAAAUAAACAGGACGCUACGCGGGAUCGCCUGGCCAACUUAGGUUCAUAUCUACUGUUACGUAUGCGACAAAAUUCAAAGCGUACGCGUGAGAAUCCAAACUAUCGUAAGAAAGGGAAUUUGAAAUAGCUACGCAACAUAAACGUAUUGACAUCCUAGAAAAGACAUGUGGUUAAUCUCAGCUUUCAGGUCAAAAUAACGUUCUAUGAGAAAACGUAAGCGCAAUUACAUACCGAUGCAUCUCAAGGACCAUAUGCAACAUUAACAUAAAAAGAUCCCAAAUCCUUACCCACUUCAUACGUUACGUAACAUGAUCAUAGUUUCAGGCAAUAUCAUAAAACGUCCAAAAAGGACGAAGCACUUGACAAUCGAAACUAAACAUAUUACCCGGCAAUAAGCAAAGGCAGCAUAACUGCAUACGGUCAAACUAUAACCGAGGAAAGUAAAACGAGACAAGGGUACACAACUUAAGUGAUACCACAUGUACCGAAAUGCGUGUGAGAUAUUGGUAAGCCUUAGAAUGCCUACCCAGAACUCAUGUAAACAUAUGCCAGGAUAAGGCAUCUAGGACAACGUUAUCCAAAAGGAAACUAUCUCUUUCUAAUUACCCAUCUCACUCUUACCUCCAUUUCUCACAACUAAUUUUUAGUAUAUAAGAAACGAAAUUUUUCAAUAAACACACUUACAAGUUACAACGCAACAAGAACGGUCGUAUCCGCGUUUCAGUCUCCUUUAAACUUCUAAAAAAUAUCGCGUCUUCGCGUGAAUCCCACUCCAGUGGAUUAUAUUAGCCGAGA